AUGAAGUCCAUCGCUUCGCUUGUGACUCUCGCUCUUUUCGCGACCGGCGUUGCUGCCCAGUCGACGUGUACGAUUAACACUCCCGGGAGUGUUUCUGAGUGUAUCCCGACGCUGCUCAGCUGGACUGGAGGCUCUAGCCCUUACUACUUGUUGUAUGGUCCCCUUACGGGUGAUUCUUUCAGCUGGACCACGAACAUCACCCAGGGUACAUAUAUCAGUUUGACUUUGCGUGAUUCCACGGGUGCCGCCUGCCAAUCUGCGCCGUUCUCGAUUAACGCUGGCAAUGCUGACUGCUUGGCGGCAAGCGCAUCCAGUAGUGCGUCUAGCGCAGCCAGCACGUCGGGCGCUUCGGCGACUUCAUCGGGUGCUUCUAGUUCGGCUGCCUCCACCAGCGGAGCUGCGAGCUCUUCAGCUUCGAGCGCCAGCUCUGCCAGUGCAUCCCACAGUAGUGCUGCGUCUCCAAGCGCCAGCUCUCACUCUGGUUCAUCAUCUUCGGGAUCUUCCUCUGCGACUUCCUCCGCCCCUGCGGCCUCGCACACCAGUGGUGCAGGAGUGAACGAAGCUUCGUUGGGGCUUGCCGGUGUGGUUGGCGCUAUCCUUGCGGCUGUCCUUGUCUAG